AUGGAAGAUGGCGAACAUGGUGACACGUGGCCUCAAGGAGAUGGUUCAUCCUUGUCCGAGGGCCCUGAAGACUCGAUAUCGAAUGUCCCGGACGCCAACCCUUUCAUUGAGAGCUGGAUCCAAGUCCUGAUGCAGAUGCGAAUUACCAGGCCCCAGGUUCAGCGGGGGCUCCCAGUUUAUCGAGCCUUGCAGCAAGUACCCCGAAAGUGGGCGCGCAAAGAGCUUGACAAGAUCCAUGCUCUGACCCGGACCACCUCGCAGUUUCAUGAGUUCUGGUCCCACAGCUGGCGCACCAAGGCAUGGUUGAAGUAUAUCAAUAUCUUAUUCUUGAACAACAGCUUUCCUGCCUUCGUCAUGGGCACGAUCUUGGCCCUCGCAGCAUUCUUCUUGAGCUUCACAGGGCUCUUGCCGGUUUGGGCAGGGAGCAACACGGGAUACAUUUGGUGCACUCCUGCUGGAAUCUUCGGCUACUAUCUGACCUUGCUGCUCUGGAGGUCAAGGAAGUUGGCGUUUCUUGAUAUCGCCUGCAUAAAUCAGCAGGAUGCCCUAAUGAAGGCGGAGGCCCUUGUCAGCAUGGGCGCUUUUUUGAAGGAGUCCCAGUCAUUUUUGGUUUUCUGGGAUGCCUCCUAUGUCACAAGCUUACUUUCUUUUCCAAGGUCAAUAUGCUUUACAACUCGUUGCACCUUUGUGCUGUUUGUUGAGAGGGUCCGAGUCCGUAGCCUCGCCUCGCGGUUGUUCCAAGCGGUUCUUAAAGCGGCCCUUGCCCGAGGCUGUGGUGCGUCUUCGAGCUCGGAGCGUUUCUUCACUGCAAAGGGGCCAAGGCCAAGUCUGCGAAGUGCCUUCAGGUCUGCCCGGUUUUUGUCGGCCCGGCUUUUUUGGCCGGUCAUCUUGGCUUCAGUCUGCUCUGGAUCUACAGAGAAGUUCGAGUCUAUGGUGCGAGGUCAGGUUCUGCAAGUUCUGGUCCAUCAACUUGCAAAUCACGUCUUCUCGUACUGGCGCAUCGUUCAGAUCACAGCACCUGCUGGUUGGGCCAUACUUGAUGUUUGGUGCGACAAUUUCAAACGUGGUAGCAUCAGUGUGGAUAAAGUUCCAGGCAUUCCGACUCCGCUGGAGGUGCUGAACAUGGUCUACAGCAUCAUCUUCUUCAACUUCAUGCUGCUGCCCAUCAUGGCUUUGAUUCUGCUUAGAUUGGCCUACGCAGCACGUCAUGUAGGAGAAAGACGGUGCAUGCAGAUACUCCUCUCCCUGGGGCUCGUGAAGGUAGGGGGAUUGCUUGCCGGCGUAUGUGUAGUGCUGGAACAGAUCACUGCCGACCUCCUGGGCGGGCGAGAAGAGAGCCCUGUGUAUGCGAUCGUCAUUCUGUCUGCCAUGGGUUUGCUCACCCUUUUCUUCUGGCGAUGUCCUGCGAUCGUGUCAGUUCCACUUGUCAGCCGUCGAGUUGGCCACUGCUCAGACAUCAGUCCCUGA